GCGCCUACAAGGUUUAUGCAGGGUUUUACCCCCAAAACCAUCGUCUUCUCCAACCAGUUCAUCAACACCCCCACAUCACUAACCCACAACCCAGUUCAACACUUUCUUUACAAAAACUCCCCACAAAAUCACAAAUUGAUGUUCACCGGUUUACACAUCACUCAAUCCCACUUCUCCCCAAUUGACACAAAACCCACAAAUCUUUCCCACUUAAAUUCAUCACCCAGAUCACAAAUCAUGUGGAGAAACAUAUCCCAGCGACUCUGUUCAAGAAUCCCAGUAAGUUCUUCCAUAAAGUUUCUUCCUUUACACCGAAACUUUAAUGGGUAUCCCAGAAAUCCAGUUAAUGUUGAAAGAUUGCCAUUUAGAGGUAUGGAUUUUGAUUCUUUUUCAUCAUUUAAAUCAUACCCAGAAAGGAAUUUGUUCGAAAUGGGUCAAGUUUGUGGUAAAGAUGAAUGUAGUUUAAGGGGAAGUUAUGUGAAAAGGUUUGGUAGUCUUGCAGAGGCUGUUGUUAGUUCAUCAACUGAUGAGGAGAUUAACGGUGGUGAUGAGGUUAAAAAGUUGUUGGAUGAGAUGGGGAAACAGGAGCAACGACAGGCGAUUAGGGGUUGGUGGAGGCAGAAGAGGGAGAAGACUGGGAGCAAUUGGAAUUAUAUGAAGCUUAAACGGCGGCAAGUGAAGAUCGAAACCGAAGCGUGGGAACAUGCUGCGAAAGAGUACCAGGAGCUUUUGAGUGAUAUGUGCGAACAGAAGUUGGCGCCGAAUUUGCCGUACAUGAAGUCGUUGUUUCUCGGGUGGUUUGAACCGUUGUGUAAAAGGAUUGAUCACGAUCAGCAGUUGUGUAGGCAAGGGAAGCUUAGGGCUGCGUAUGCGCCGUAUUUCGAUCUGCUUCCGGCUGAUAAGAUGGCGGUUAUUACAAUGCAUAAGAUCAUGGGGUUGAUCAUGACCGGAGGGGAGAAUGGUUGUGCACGAGUUGUAGCGGCUUCUUGUAGCAUUGGUGAAGCCAUUGAACAGGAGAUUAGGAUACACAAUUUCUUGGAGAAAACUCGAACAAAAAAAGCUGCAAAAGGUGUGAAACAAGAAGAAAAAGUUUCAGACGUUAGCAAGGAACAAGAGGAACUGCAUAAGAAAGUAACGAACCUGAUGAAAAAACAGAAGUUGCAGGUGGUGGGGCGCAUCGUGAAAGGACAUGAUGCUUCGAAACCGUGGUCGCAGCCUGUUAAAGCUCAGGUGGGAAGUCAUCUGAUUGAACUGCUUUUGCAGUCUGCAUAUAUACAGCCUUCAGCUGAUCAAUCGGGCGGUGAUAUGCCACCUGAUAUUCGACCCGCAUUUGUGCACACAUUCAGGACUUCAUCGAAAGAAGGACAGAAGACGGGAAGAAGAUAUGGUGUUAUUGAAUGUGACCCAUCGGUUCGCAAAGGACUAGAGAGAGCGUCGAAGCAUGUGGUUAUGCCUUAUAUGCCAAUGUUGAUACCUCCCGUCAAGUGGACAGGUUACGACAAAGGAGCUUACCUCUUUUUACCGUCGUAUAUAAUGCGCAUUCAUGGAGCUAAGCAACAGCGUGAAGUGCUUAAAAGGACACCUAAGGAGAACCUACAACCAGUUUUCGAUGCCUUGGACACCCUUGGAAAUACUAAAUGGAGGGUGAAUAAGAGGGUACUAGCGGUGGUUGACCGGAUAUGGUCUAAUGGUGGCCGACUUGCUGGUUUGGUUGACCGUCAUGAUAUUCCUUUGCCAGAGAAACCAGAUACAGAAGAUGAAGAACAACUAACAAAGUGGAAAUGGAAAGUCAAAAAAGUUAAGAAGGAGAACCGAGAAAGACAUUCUCAACGGUGUGACGUUGAGCUCAAACUUACCGUGGCGCGAAAGAUGAAAGACGAAGCGGGAUUUUUCUACCCACACAAUCUAGAUUUCAGGGGUCGAGCAUACCCGAUGCAUCCACAUUUAAACCAUCUCGGUUCGGAUUUGUGUCGGGGUAUAUUAGAGUUUGCAGAGGGCCGACCACUUGGCAGUUCGGGUCUUAGGUGGCUGAAGAUACACUUGGCGAAUCUAUUUGCAGGCGGGGUCGACAAAUUAUCACUUGAGGGCCGAAUAGCGUUCACAGAAAGUCAUUUAGAUGAUAUAUUUGAUUCCGCUGAUAGACCUCUUGAUGGUGGACGUUGGUGGUUGAACGCUGAAGAUCCGUUUCAGUGUUUGGCUGUUUGUAUUAAUCUCGCUGAAGCUUUAAGAAGCGCGUCUCCAGAAACAGUCAUUUCGUAUAUUCCUGUGCACCAGGAUGGUUCCUGCAACGGUUUACAACACUAUGCUGCACUUGGCAGAGACAAAUUAGGAGCGUCUGCAGUUAAUUUGGUCGAAGGAGAACGGCCCGCCGACGUGUAUUCUGGAAUUGCUGCAAGAGUACUCGAUAUUGUGAAGAGAGAUGCACAGUUGGAUACCGUUUCAUUUUCAGAUGCUAAGCAUGCACGGCUUUUGAUCAAUCAGGUGGACAGGAAGCUGGUGAAGCAGACGGUAAUGACGUCGGUUUAUGGUGUCACGUACAUCGGUGCUCGCGAUCAGAUUAAAAGGAGGUUGCAGGAACGAAGUAAUAUUGAUGCUGAUGAUGCUGAGCUUUUUGGUGCUGCUUGUUAUGCUGCUAAAAUCACUUUAGCUGCACUCGGGGAAAUGUUUGAAGGUGCACGUAAUAUUAUGAACUGGCUUGGAGAUUGUGCAAAGUUAAUAGCCUCUGAAAAUCAGCCCGUGAGGUGGACUACUCCACUUGGUCUUCCUGUUGUACAACCUUAUCGCAUGUAUGGAAGACAUCUUGUUUCAACUUCUCUUCAAGUACUGACCCUGCAGCGUGAAACUGAGAAGGUGAUGGUGAGGCGGCAAAGAACAGCUUUUCCACCAAAUUUUGUUCACUCGCUUGAUGGUUCACAUAUGAUGAUGACAGCAGUCGCGUGUAAACGAGCCGGCUUGAAUUUUGCAGGUGUUCAUGAUUCAUAUUGGACCCAUGCCUGCAAUGUGGAUGAAAUGAACAGAAUUUUAAGGGAGAAGUUUGUAGAACUUUACCAAACACCAAUAUUGGAAAACUUGUUGGAGAGUUUUCAAACGUCCUUCCCUACAGUGUCUUUCCCGCCAUUGCCAGAUAGAGGAGAUUUUGAUCUGUCAGAUGUUCUAGAGUCAUCCUACUUUUUCAACUGAAACCGCUUCGUUCAUUUGUGACUUUGGAGGCAUCUCUGUUGUAUGAUUGCUAGAAAGUAACAGAUUUAGCUAAGCAUUGGAAUUGAAUAUACGUACUUAAAGAGUUAAAGGUUACUUUUAGAUUCCUCAGAAUUUGUAUAUAUUUUAAAGUCAUCGAUGUAUAGUUUUGGACUUUUGGCAGUAAACAGAACUUCAUGAAGAAAUUAUGAACAUAACAAUUAGCCUACUUGUUUGGAUGGAUAUCUUUUGGGUU